GCAUAAAGUGAUUAGAUGAAUAUGCAUCCAUUAGGCCUGUGUAUUCUUUGGUUCAAAUGUCCGACACAGUUUAAAAUCUUUAAUGAUAAUUUAAACGUAGGCGUAAUGCAACGUGCUAAAUUAUAGCAAUAUAUUCUGCAGGACUAAGUAUAAUUUGAUGAUUUAGUUAUCUCUGCUGGGAUUACCUCAUUGAGCGUUGGGAUAGCCCAUUGGUUAUAACAUAAUCUAACUGAGCAUGCGCGUUACCUUAAAAUAUCACAAUAUUGUAGUGUGCAUACCUCUGUGACAGUAAGCCCAUGCUGUUGGAAAAGAGCAGAAUAUAACCAUCAGCCUAAAUGGUAAACAGCUCACAUUUCUACAUUUAUUCUAACUAGAUGUGUUAGAGUCAGUAGCUAUAAAGGUUCUUUCAGUGCAUAAUUUGAUAAAUGACCUAGCUGCAUGAUAAUUAUUUUCUUAUAUAAACAAAUUGACCAAUGGCAGCCCAAUUUUCUGGAUAUUUUUCUUAGAGCAAAAUUGAGGGUUUUUUUUUUUUAGUCCAUGUUGUCUGGCCUGUAGCCUGCAGUGCAGGGUAGUACUGUACUGUAGCUUGGCUGGCUCAGGUCUCUUGUGCUAUAGACAAGUUUGUGGACUUGAAGUUAACUCAAUAGUGACCAGAUAAAAGUGAAAUCUUCAUUUCCCUAAAACAAUGGCAAAACCAUAGCCCAAUAUUACUUACAUUUAUUGAAUACCACUGUAUGUGAAUGUUUUCCAUAUUUACAUUUUAAACAGAAAAUGGUCAAUGUAUCCCAACGGCACAGUUAAAUGAAUGAUACCGUGAUUCACUGUUUUGCUGAAAUGGACAUUGCGCUAAAUUAACUUCCAGGUUUUUCUUGUGGUUUCAUGUGGGAUAUCCCAACUCUCAGACUAUGUGCUUUAUUUAAUAAGAAAAUUAGUUUUUGUGUUCUGUGAGCUGCAUUGGGUGUAUUCUCCAUGACACCUUUCCCAGUUCUCGUUUAUUCUGCACAGCCCACAAGAGUAUAAAGGUUCUGGUCUGCAUUCAUACCAUAAUCCAGUAGAUUUCAUACAUUCUCAAAAUAAAAUAAAUUACCAUGUCGGCUCACAUUUGUUUCAGAAUACUGUUUAUGCAUUCAGGAUUUGCAUCCUCUUAUUUUCAGAAUGCUUAGUGUUUUCGCAAAACAAAUAUUUACAUUAUGCGUUGUAUUUUAAAAUACAUAGCCUAUUUCAAAUGUUAUUUUACAUUUCUGUGCAAGUGUAGCAGCUGAUUAUGACAAUGAUUUUGUCACCAUAGAUACUAGAGCUUUAAAUGACGAAUGACAAUUUAACUGUCUUGUAAUUUGUAAUGUCACAAUGUAAUGCUUGACUGUAUUGCAUUGCUACUGGGCAUAUUUUUGUGCUGUGUAUGUGUUUGUUUUUGUUUGUAAUUGGAGAAACAUAGUCUCAGAAAUGUUUUAUCAUUCCGCAUUUGCUUCCUGUUAUUCAACACAGGUUUAUACUUGUAUAUAGCACAAAUCGUCAUGUAUAUUUCAUAGAUUAUAUGGUCAGUUGGGUCUUGAGUGACGGCUACAGUACUUGGUGUUUGCCUUCAUAUGGCUGAUGGAGAGGGCUAAUUGACUUCUUGCUGUGAUUUACUGGAGCAUCUGUCUGCAAAUGGACUUAUCCCAAACCUGUUAAUUCAUCUAAAUUUCAUAAAGUCAUGGCAAGAUGGUGCACUGCCAUCCCUCAUCAAUUAUAAUAUCUCAGCACACUCCAUACUAAUGCAUGCAGUUGUUUAAAAGUGCACACCCAUGCAUAAACACACACAUGGGCAUUUGUACCACAUACAUGAAAACACGGUAACUUUGUGUCUGUCUGUCUGUCUGUCUGUCUGUCACACACACACACACACACACACACACACACACACACACACACACACACACACAUGGAUUUGGAUACUUGAUGAAAUAAUUUUGUGCUCCCUAUCCUUCUCUCUUUAUUAUUUUUUGCAAUGUUUUGUGUUACAUUGACAUCAAUCACCAAGUGUAACACCCGGUGAUUAGUAUACAGAUAGUUUAUUAUGGAUAAACAUGCAUAUUGACAUGUAUAUUUAUAUAUAUGUGUGUGUUUUUAUGUUUAUUGCCUUUGUGUGUAUAGUUUUCCCAAAAAGGUGAUGUGUGUUAUUUUGAAAGAAUUACUAAUACUGGGAAGAUGUUAUAGUAACAAGACAAAGUCCUCAAUUAAGUAAUAAAUAAUUGCAGUACAUAUUUGCAUGUCUUGGCUUAUAAUUUUAUUGUUUAUCGCUGUGAAGCUAACCUUACCACUCCAAAUUUGGUUAAACUUAUUUGGCAAAUUUUAAACAUAAAUUUAAUAAUUAAAUAUUACACUCAUUUAGUUGAUCAUGUUGUUAUUACCAGGCUUACAUACUGUACUACAGAGAAAUGAAUAGACUUGUAAUUUAUGGGAAACUGCUUAUUAGGCUACUCUAAUUAAGUUAUGACCACAUUAAGGGCCAUUUGAACAUUUAAGCAAAUUUAGAUGAUAUGAGCAUUUAAAUAAACUCAUUCCUUUAUACAAAAUUAAGUAUAAUCUGCAGAUUAGGUGUAAAUAGGCACACACUUCACUUGCUGUGACUCUGUGAAAAGGUGAGCCUAAACAGCCUUAUAGAGUCGGCAUAUAGUAUUAAUUCAUAAAAGUGCAGUUAUUUUAGAUAGUCCUCUUUCUUGUUUUGCCUUCUUGCUGCAAAUGAGGACCUGCAAUCAUUUUGAGCGCAGGUCUGUCAGUCUUUUUGCUUCCUGACUGACAGAUUGGAAACUUUCGGUUUAUAUGCCUUCAACCCUCAGUCAUUUUCGGAAAUGCAUCGGGUUGAAGGUUGACAAACAUGAGCGUCCAUUACAAUCAUGACGGAAUUAGGCCAGUUCUGGGCCUGUCUACUAUUUUGCGGCAUUCAAUGUCAAGUGGGCCCCUUGCUUUGUCUCUGCAGGUGACGUCAGCAUAACAAUGUGGAAAAGGAUUUUUUUCCUUUUUUUUUUUAAGAAAAAGUUGAAAAUUCAGACAACUACAGUCUUUGGAAAUAAGGGGGUUUUCACCUUAAACAUAUAAGCUGCAGUGCGGAGCCAACGCCACGUCGUGUAGAUUUAAAUAAAAGCAACAGAUAAAAGAAUUUGGCUAAACUGGUCCAGGUAGAAGAAAGUGCGUUGAUAGAAUCAGAGCCACGUCAAAGCGAGGAGGCUUGCAGAAUAUGUGCUGCACUAAAGGAGAGUGGAGAGCUUGAAGCUGCUGUCCUCACAGCACCCCAAAAUAAGAAAGUUUAUCUGAGUUUCCCGGGAACAGUGGAGCCUAACCACUGCUGUUUGUCACAUUUCAUAAUUUACAUUUUACGUAACCAGUUUUUACAUCUGCGCCAGCCGGCAAGACGCAUGGUGCACUCUUGAUGAUUAUUUAUUUCAGCUUUAAUAAGAGGAGGUUUGUGUAGAGAAAUUGUUCAGACUGGGCUCAAAGGUAAAAUAGUACAUCAUGUUCUGUAGUAUUCCACAGUGACACUGCUGGAAAAUGUGUGUGAAAUAAGUUUUUCCAAAAAGACGAUCAUGAUAUUUUGGUGGUCCGUUGCUUCAUGUAGAACUACUUGUUGCUUUAUCAAAGUUUUAUUUUUCUUUGGACAUGAUGAGGCCAACAAGUAAUUAUGUGCCCUUAUGAAAAUGCAUGUACUAUAAAAUAAAAGUGUAACGCAAACAUACUCUUAUCUCCAUGAGAGCUCAGUCACCUAUUAGGCCUAUAUAAUAAAAUAACUACCUUAAACUUUGUGGUCAUACAGGAUAAUGACGCACAAAAUGACGAACAUAAUUUCCAAUUACUGAUUUAAUCGUAAGAAUUAGUUUCCUGUAACUUUCACUGUUUUCAAAUGUGGCACUCCACUCAUAAUGCAAGCCUUGACAAUAAUUGGCCUGGACACGCAAUGACCAGUCUCUAUUAUUCUUGCAGGGCAGGGAGUGGGACAUUUGCUUUGGCAGGAUUUCCAGUGAAAUAAAGGACGAUAGAUAGACUGUGAUUGUCUUGUGUUUUGCUCAUGUCUGCAUUUAAUCACUUGACUUUUACCUGAUGAUUAGUAUAACGCAUUAACCUUUACAUUUUUCAUAUGUAGAGAUUUAGAGAAGGGGUUUUAUGAGAAGGCGCCUGAAGUUAAAGAGGCAGUAAUAUUUGCAACUAUCGCGGCACAUUUCAAAGCAUUUUCUGUGCGAUAUUUGAAAACGGAGUCGUGCAGUGAACGCCUGCGUGUCCCUUUUAAAACAAACCCAGCGCCUGUCAAUCACAGCGCAUUCCAACCAAUCCCAAAGCUCCCUUUUUAAAAGCAGGUUUGCCUGCUGUGCUUUUAUAUUGCACCAUGGCCUGUUUCGAAGCAUUUUUACUACCACGGUUAUUGCCACAAAUCAAGAGGGCAAAGUGAACGGCAUGGGACUCACACCAACUUUAACGAAAUUGUGUCUGGUUCGUACUUCCGCGAAGUUCACGGCCAAGAAUUUCACAUGCAGAUGAUAUACAAACAAGGAAAAUGGAAACUGAAUUUCUAGGUGUAUCCUGAGUGCUGAAUUGGUUGAUUUUGCAAACUCAUAGCCAAACUCACAACAAAACAUGACAAGCCUUUCGAGGUUUAGUGGCUGUCCUCUCUCUUGCGUCAACCCCGGGGAGAGCAAUACUGAACCCAGCGUGGUGCUGCCACCUUUGGCAGGAGAGCACAUGGGACACCCCACUGGCAGUUCCUUAAAACUCUGCCCCUCGCACAAUUUGCGAGACUACCCCGAGACGAGGUCCAGUGCAUAUGUUGACCAUUCGGUUCCCAAUUUUGCAGACUCUGGAUACCCCAGCCACCGGUUAGAGCACAGCCCUAGGGGCAUUAUCAUUGGAGCCAAUCUUUCUGGAGCCGGCAUGCCACCCGUCACUGAUCAACUGGCAUCAAGAGCUAACCAACAUGGCGGGAUUGGAAGGUAUCGUGACUUUCCUGGCUGCAGAGACAACAGAAGCCAUGCUUUUUUCACAAGUUAUCAGGAGCAGGCCCAUGCCUCCACCGACGCAUCUCGAGAUCUCGGCAGCCAGAUGAUGCUGGGUCUACCUGGCGACCUCCUCACCCGGACUCACCACUAUGGCCAAACUAUCAGCCCCAAGGGAAACAGCCAGCAACUUGUCACACAAUUCCUGGGUCUGUACAAACCCCUCAACAUGGCAAUUCAGCGUGGAGGAGGCGACGCUUUCCUCAGGUGCUCCAGACAAACAGUGAAGCAUGAGCUGGUGUGUAAGUGGAGUGACGGCCAAGAGGGGGCUGGGAAGCUGCCUUGCUCCAGAGCCUUCGGGACCAUGUAUGAACUUGUCACCCAUGUGACAGUGGAACAUGUCGGAGGACCAGAGCACUCUGAAUAUGUUUGUCACUGGGAGAAUUGUGCGAGGGACAGGAAGCCUUUCAAAGCCAAAUACAAGCUGGUGAACCACGUCAGAGUCCACACAGGGGAAAAGCCCUUUCCCUGCCCCUUUCACGGCUGUGAGAAAGUUUUUGCGAGAUCAGAAAAUCUUAAGAUCCACAAGAGGACUCACACAGGUGAAAAACCUUUUAAAUGUGAGUUCGAGGGCUGCAACCGGAGGUUUGCGAACAGCAGCGACAGAAAGAAGCAUUCUCACGUGCACUCCAGUGAUAAACCCUACAUGUGCAAGGUCAGGGGCUGCGACAAGUGUUACACCCACCCAAGCUCCCUGCGAAAGCAUAUGAAGCUCCACUGCAACAAGGCCCACGACGCCAAAAGCGGUGACGCGCGUCCUGGUGACGGGGGUCACAUUGCGGAGGCCAGGUCAACCCGAAUCCAGGAUGGAGCCCAGAUCAGCCCCCCUCAUCCCCCCACCUCAACUCAAGAUGUCCCCCUGUCCCCAGAGAGUCGAGACGAGUCGACCUCGAGGUCACGUUUCCAUCACACGUUUGACAGCAGUUUGGACUACUCCACACACAGGUCACAGCCCCUCUUAGACCCUUUGUUGCUGCAGAGAGGCAGCUACAGGUCCCAGUCCUCCCAGUACCCCUGCGGCCAGACAGGUCACACUUUUGCCCAGAGCCCAAGGACUUUCCCCUCCACUUCUCCCUUUCAGAAAAGUAUUGUCAAUGGAUGGUACACAUGCCACAGCGGCGUGGACUCCUUCCCACCAAAGCAAUGUAAUAACAUCCCGUCUCUCUGAGGUCCUGCUGGGACACAUGCGUGGGACUUACAAUUUUUUGGCCCUAUUUUUAUCAUGUAGCCUAAAACAUACAGCUGUAUCUCUAUACUCAAUGUAUUUUUGUGAAUGUUGUAUCAGAUAUUUUGUGACACGUCCUGAGUCAUCGUAUUGAAAUCUUGCAUUGCGAAAUGUGGCGAGCAAUAUUUGUUGUCGUGAGGCCUGUUUGGUUGAGUCUGGCUUGUAGCCUAUACCCACAUCUCCCCACAGUGCAUGGGUUAUAGGGACUUUAACAAAGUGUAUAUGCCUAAUUGUUCGCUGUGUUGCAUUUAUUAAAGAUAUCUAUCUUAAGUGAGAAAAAAAUGACAAAGGAUUUUAUGGUUUCCUGCGUGUUGAGUCUUUUGAACUUAUAGGCUAUUACUGGAAAGUAAAAGGAAACGUCUUGCUGAAUGUAGCCCCAAGUGUAGGGGUCUUUGUUGAAUGUAAACGUGGUGUAAUGUAUGUCGGGAAGAUAGAUUAUUCAUGUCUUUAUGUAUGUCGCAAGAUGAAAUAAAUAUCAAAGAUCUUUUCUCAAGUAAAAUUUUGAGACCUAACAAGCCUGCGUGAUGGGCCUGAAGCAUGAUUAGUCUGUAAUUAAAAUACUGCGAGGCUUUUUUUUCUCUUCCCUUGAUUAAGUUCCACUUUUCGCCCCCUUUACACAUUCCUGUUUGUAUUAUAUGUAUAUUUCACAUUUCUGUGCAAAGAAAAACCAGCGUGAGCAUAAACCAGUGUUCGUGAUACUAUUAAAACGUUUAAUUAGCAUUCAGUUCUACUGUACAUAAGCCUACUGUAUAAUUAAUUAUGUAUUCUAUAUUUUAUUAAAGUGUCUAUAUUCUCUUUGA